UAUGGGAUGUAUAAAAUCAAAAAGGAAAGAGAAUCUGCAUGGAGAUGGGCUAGAUUUGAAGAAUCAACCAGUACGUAAAACUGAACGAACUAUUUAUGUGAGGGAUCCAACGUCCAAUAAACAGCAAAGGCCAGCAAAUCAAGAAGCACAGCUCUUACCAGGACAGAGGUUUGUCAGUGAAGAAGCAGAGGAGCAUGGAGUCAUUGUGGUAGCUUUGUAUCCCUAUGAUGGCAUUCACGAAGAUGACUUGUCCUUCAAAAAAGGAGAAAAAUUGAAAGUUAUUGAGGAGCUGGGAGAAUGGUGGCGAGCAAAAUCUCUCACGACGAGGAAGGAAGGCUUCAUUCCCAGCAACUAUGUAGCAAAAGUAAACACCCUGGAAACAGAAGAAUGGUUCUUCAAAGACAUCACCCGAAAAGAUGCUGAAAGACAACUCCUGGCUCCGGGAAAUAGUCCUGGAGCUUUCCUUAUCAGGGAAAGUGAAACAUUAAAAGGCAGCUAUUCUCUCUCCAUAAGAGACUAUGACCCACAGCAUGGCGAUGUCAUUAAGCACUACAAAAUUAGAAGUCUAGACAAUGGAGGAUUUUACAUCUCUCCAAGAAUAACUUUUCCCACUAUCAAUGAUAUGAUCAAACAUUAUCAAAAGCAAUCGGAUGGCUUAUGCAGAAAGCUGGAAAAAGCUUGUAUUAGUCCCAAGCCUCAAAAACCAUGGGAUAAAGAUGCAUGGGAAAUUCCACGGGAAUCGAUUAAAUUAGUGAAGAAACUUGGAGCUGGUCAGUUUGGAGAAGUCUGGAUGGGUUACUAUCAUAAUAGUACGAAAGUGGCUGUGAAGACUCUGAAGCCGGGAACCAUGUCUGUGCAAGCCUUCCUGGAGGAAGCCAACCUCAUGAAAACACUUCAGCAUGAUAAGCUCGUUAGGCUUUAUGCUGUAGUGACCAAAGAAGAACCCAUAUAUAUUAUAACAGAAUUCAUGGCUAAAGGAAGCUUGCUCGAUUUUCUGAAGAGUGAUGAGGGAAGUAAAUUGUUGCUUCCAAAGCUAAUUGACUUCUCUGCUCAG